AUGAGCUCCACCGCGAAAGAAGUUAUUCGCAAAUACAUGAAAAAAGUCAAACCUUUAUACGACAAGUUAUCUCAGAAACAGAGUUCUUCUUCCACUUUGAAAACAGAGUCAUCAUUAUCUCUCAAAGACUCCGGCAACAUCCCUGCAACCGCCGUGGCUUCCGCCUCGACCGCAGUUUCCGGCGGAAGCAACGGUCUAUCGAUCUCUUUCUCCGGUAACCUAAUGAGGUACACCAAACGAGGACGAUGCGCAGCGAGCUGUCCGUCGUCUAUGAGGUCAUCUCCGAGUCAUUCCGGUGUACUGACACGUGGUGGCUUCCCGGCGGGGACGGCAGGAGCAAGUAGCAGCAACAGUAACAGUAUGUCUUCUUCAAUGGAAGAGUUACAGUGUGCUAUUCAAGGAGCUAUUGCUCAUUGCAAGAACUCAAUGUUGCAGAAGAACUUGGUUAGUAGUCUCGAGAUCUAG